AUGGCGAUCAUCUCCGAGGACAUCAUGCAGGAGGACGAGGGGGCGACGCAGCCGCAGCAGGCGGCGGGGGCGGCCGUGAAGGAGAACAGCCCGGAGGUGGAGAAGAAGGAGAAGGAGGAGAGCAAGGGGAGGCAGCCAAACUCCGGCAACGGCCUCGACCUGGAGAAGUUCUCGUGGGCGCAGCAGCUGCCGGAGGUGAACAUCUCCGUCCCCCUCCCUGAAGGAACGAAGGCGAGGUUCGUCGUCUGCGAGAUCAAGAAGGACCACCUCAAGGUCGGGCUCAAGGGCCAGCCUCCGAUCAUCGAUGGUGAGCUGCACAAACUAGUUAAGGUUGAGGACUGCUUCUGGAGCAUCGAGGACGGGAGCUUGAUGUCCAUACUGCUGACAAAGCGUGAUCAGAGCAACUGGUGGAAAACCCUGAUCAAGGGCGAUCCCGAGAUCGACACGCAGCGCGCUGAGCCGGAGAGCAGCAAGCUCUCGGAUCUGGACCCCGAGACGAGGCAGACCGUGGAGAAGAUGAUGUUUGACCAGCGGCAGAAGCAGAUGGGCCUGCCCACCAGCGAAGAGAUGCAGAACCAGGAUAUGCUCAAGAAACUCAAGUCCCAGUACCCCGACAUGGACUUCUCCGGGAUGAAGAUGCCUUCUUAA